AUGGCUCUUGGUGAUAACAGUUAUUCUAUUGGAGACCCUUCUGCAGGGUAUCAUUUUUACAAUGACAUUGAGAGCCAACUCUGUGUCCCGCAAGACCGUUUGGAAGACAUAGAGAUGUUUCCAUCUUUUGACGAUGAUCCUAUUUUGGCCAGUGAUUUGGGUGAUUUCCUAGCGUCUCCGGAGAAAGUAGCCGGAGAAACAAAGCGGCUUCCUUUACAAGAUUCUGAUCGCUGUGUUGCUAAUAUAAAUCGUGGUAUAACUGAGUUGACAAGCCUUUUUCCCAGAAAGAAACCUAGGACCAAAAGACCGUGGUCCAACGUGCAUAUAAAACCGUCGUUUUUUAAGAAGGAAAAUAGAAAACAGUGUUUGGCUGAAAAUAUAAAGAGAAGGUGUGUACACUGCCAGGCUGAGAAGACUCCACAAUGGCGGGAGGGUCCGUCGGGGCCGAAGACGUUGUGCAAUGCUUGCGGGGUGAGGUACAAGUCGGGAAGGUUGGUGCCAGAGUAUCGUCCGUUUGGCAGCCCAACUUUUGAUAAUCGUAUGCAUUCAAAUUUUCACAAGCAGAUAUUGAAAAGAACGCAAGCAUUCAAUUUUUCACAAGCGGAUUUUGAAAAGAAGGGGUCUCAAGUUAAUUAG